CAGAAUCCUAAUCCCCAAAAUCCCAAUCUCCAAAACCUGUGUUGAGCUAUGGCUUCUCGUCGCUCGUACCCAUACCCAUCUCCUUAUGCGUAUGGUUCCUCACGGACCUUUCCCAGCUCCGUUGCUGCGUGUCCGGGACCUAGGUGCGGCCAUACUCUCACUGCGAUUGCCGCCAACGUUAACGGUUCCCAGCUGCUUGUCCUCUUCGGCGGUAGUACUACUGCCGUCGCCGCCCAUGGCUCCUUACCCAAUAUAAGUUUGGAAGGCGUUACCAAUUCGGUGCAUUGUUUUGACGUUUUGACCAGGAGCUGGACAAGGAUUAAUCCGACUGGUGAUGUUCCGUCUCCCAGGGCUUGUCAUGCUGCCACUUCACUUGGCACUAUGCUGAUUGUUCAGGGUGGGAUUGGUCCAUCCGGGCCUUCUGAUGGAGAUGUCUACACGCUUGACUUGACUAGAAAUAACCUCAAGUGGCAUAGGUUGAUGGUUAGCGGGGCGGCUCCAGGCCCUCGAUAUGGCCAUGUUAUGGAUGUAGCUGCUCAGAGGUGGCUUGUCAUAUUCGGUGGCAGGAGUGGAAAUACAAUUCUCUCAGAUACAUGGGCACUGGACACGACUGGACCAGUUGCGUGGAACAGAUUGAACCCAUAUGGCAGUCGGCCAAGUGCCAGAAUCUAUGCUUCUGCUAAGGCUCGAGAAGAUGGCGUAUUUUUUCUCUGUGGCGGAACAGACUACUCAGGGAUGCCAUUGGGAGAUACUUACGCGCUGGAAAUACAAAGUGUUGCUCGGUGUGGUUGGACUCGUGUUCCAGGCGUAGCUCCUUCCCCGAGAUAUCAACAUACAGUGGUUUUUGAAGGUCAAAGAAUGCAUGUCAGGGGUGUCACGAAUGGGGCUCGCCUAAUCGACGGUGACGCCAUUGUUGCAGUGCUUGAUACUGGGGAUAGCAAAUGGUUGGAUAUAACUGGACCAGAGACAUCAUCUACCAGUGGCAGCAAUAGACAAAUUCAAUAUCAAUUUAUGAGACGUUUUCACCAUGCUUCUGCAUCGGUUGGGAGCUACAUGUACGUCCAUGGUGGGCUCAAAGAAGAUAUCCUGCUCGACGAUUUGCAAGUGGCUGGAACAUCCCAGCUGCAUUUGAUCAGUCCUGAACCAGAAGAACCAGAAGACAAUCCUGAAAAUCACAUGGUUCUAGACGAUGAUCCUGAAACAUCAAACCCUUCAAGUUUUGACCCGGAACCAGAAGUCCCAUCCUUGACGAGGAGGAGUUCAAGCGAGGGUUCGCUGGAGAAAAGGACAGUCGAGGAAUACAACUUACCAUCUCUGGAAAAUGCUUUCUAUGAUUGUAGUGAAACUGAAGGAUGUUUUCUAGUUCUAGAGACAGCCAUGGACGUUGGGAAUCCACGUGACUUGGGAAGGACGCCAAGCUUGGAUCACUAUCUGUACCAGAGCCAGCGGGAUCAGUUCGGCCAACAUAAUUCUUCUCAUCCGCUGCAUAAAAGGGUUAUUUCGAAGCUGUUGAAACCUAAAGACUGGGAAGCUCCUGCCGACAGAACUUUUUUCUUGAGUCUUUUGGAAGUUGAGACUCUGUGCAAUGCUGUGCAUCAAAUAUUUAUUCAAGAACCAACGGUUCUUCAGCUCAAAGUUCCUAUCAAAGUCUUCGGCGAUAUCCAUGGGCAAUUCGGGGAUUUGAUGCGCAUAUUUCGUGAAUAUGGGUCUCCUUCACUGCGAGGAGAUAUCACGCAUAUUGACUAUUUGUUUUUGGGAGAUUAUGUCGACCGAGGAACACACAGCUUGGAGACCAUCAUGUUGCUGCUUUGUUUGAAGAUUGAAUAUCCAGAGAACAUCCACUUGAUUCGUGGAAAUCAUGAGUCAUCUUCAACGAAUAGACUUUAUGGUUUCCUUCACGAAUGCCAACAAAGAAUGGGGGAGGCAGAUGGGAUACAAGCAUGGUACAGGAUUAAUAAGCUUUUUGGCUAUCUUCCACUUGGUGCCGUCAUUGAAAAGAAAAUUUUAUGUGUCCACGGAGGAAUUGGGAGAACAGUUUCGGUCGAAGAAAUAGCAAGUAUCCAGCGGCCAGCAUUCCCGGAUUCUGGAUCAACUGUCUUGAAAGACACGUUAUGGUCUGAUCCAACAGUAGGUGAUUCUGUUAUGGGUAUAACUUCAAAUACUAGAGGAGAAGGUGUUAUCUCGUUCGGGCCUGAUAUCGUGAAAGAGUUUUGCAAGCGAAAUAAACUUCAAAUGAUCAUACGAGCACACGAGUGUGUUUACAAUGGCUUCGAAACAUUUGCCCAAGGACAGCUUAUAACUGUGUUUUCCGCUACAAACUACUGCGGAACUGUAAAGAAUGCUGGAGCAAUCUUGGUGAUCGGUAAAGAUUUGGUCAUAUAUCCAAAGGUGAUUCAUCCUGACCCUCCUUCCAUCUCUUCUUCCGAAAGCUCUCCAGAAGACAAUGCAUGGAUGCAGGAGCUGAACAUGGAGAGGCCACCUACUCCGCCUCGAGAGGAUUUUUAGGUGUGCGUAGAUGCAGCGAUUUGGAAAUAGAGAGAAGCAUGCGGUUGAAGAGGUGAAAGUGUUUCAAUUGCAAGCUGACACCUGAGUGUACCGGAGACUCAUCUAUUUUCGUUGUUGUCCCUUCCCUUUCUUCGAACCCCUUUCUUUUUUUUUCUUAAUUUGGUAUUGGUGGUAAAGAACCAUUUUUCAAAGUAUCUUUCUUUAAUAAUCUUUAAAUCAUUGAGACUUGAUUGGUUUGUC